CGCGUCGCGUCGUCUGCUAGGCCAGGGGCAGCCCGUGGGCAGCCUCUCGCCAGGCAGUCUGCAGUUGUUGCAUAAUUGCUGGCUUUGCUCCGGUAAUGAGAGGGUGAACCUGUGGCCGCGCUCGGCGCCAAAGGCAGCCAAAGGCGGAGGAGGACAUUGCCGAGGCUUUCGAGCGGCCCAUUCCCAUUUCCACACAAUGAAGGAGAAGGAGCUGCACCACGGUUCAGCAGCCUCUUUGGAGAAGGACUGUUUUCAUACACUAAAGUCUGCUGAAUGACAAUGAAGGUUCGAAACGGCUCAGUAUCAUCAGAUAAAGUUAAUAAUUGUGAAGGUCUCUGUGGUUCAACUUCCAGCUCUGUGAGUUGGAUCUUUAAAACAAUGCAUUGUGUCAAGUGGCGUAAUUCUCCGGCCCUCUCCAAUCAGGCCUAUGUACCGACUACAGUCGAACAUGUAGCUAAUAUCUUAACACAUGGAUUGCUGAUCAUACCUAGUGCUUGGGCUUCAAGGGACUUGAUGAGCCGCUCUCAGUCCUGGGCACAGUAUCUGUCAGCUUUGGUCUACGGUUCAUCUCUGGUUCUCCUAUUCCUCAUGUCAACUUCCUUCCAUACAGUUCACUUCUGUGGACUUAGCAGGUACUUAAAGGAUAUCCUCCAUCGAACCGAUCGAGCAAUGAUCUAUGUCUUCAUUGCCGCUUCAUACUUUCCUUGGUUAAUGCUUGGCCCCGUAGCAUCUGAUGGUAUAGGUUCUCACCUAUGGUGGUUGAUAUGGGUCCUAGCGUUUUGCGGCAUUCUGUACCAACAAUUAUUCCAUGAACGGUACAAAACCCUUGAAACUAUCUUCUACUGUUUCAUGGGCAUAGCUCCUGCAACAACUAUAAUGCCAAAGGAUGAUUUCCAUGGAUUGACAGAGUUGAAACUUGGUGGGCUUAUUUACUUGAUUGGGGUGUCAUUUUUUAAAUGUGAUGGGCGCAUUCCCUGUGCUCAUGCCAUUUGGCAUUUGAUGGUGGCAUGGGCUGCUGCCACUCAUUACAAUGCUGUCCAGAAAUACCUGUACCCAUAGACAGGAAAGUUUGUCUAUCACUACAUGGCUCUCUUAUAUUAGGCAUUGUUUAUGUUUUUGUUGUUUUAUUAUGAGUUGACACGUUUACUCUAAAAAGAGAAGCAUGUUCUAGUACACCCAUGUUGUUGUAUAGGGGUAACAUUUAUCUCUAAUUGACAGUGUUUAUAUUUGCUCUCUGUGUUAGUGGCCAAUUGCAUGUGUUUGUGCAUUGAAAAAUCUAGUUUUGUUUCCCCUGUAAGCAUAAUGUAGUAUUGCCAAAAAAUAUCAAACAAAUACCUUGUUAACUCCUGGUGUUUUCAAUGCCAAUGAUUAUCAUUCCAUGUGGUAUUAGUUGUAGUGAAAAAAAAAAGUUUAGUUAUACUUAGUUAUUGAUUUUUUUUUUAAAGACGAGGAGUGUAUAUGUAUUCUCACAGAAAGUAUCACACUUUUCUGCAGCCAAUCUGUUUUAUGUAUAUUAUAAAUAUAUAUAUGAACGUUAGAAAAGAUAAAUAUCAUGUUUAUAGAUAUUGUGGAAAGGUUAAUUGUUAUUUUAGGUUCAGAACCAUUUUGAAGCAGUGAACUGUAUUAUUUUAGUCAGUGAAUGUGUGGCCUAAUACUUGACCAUGUGUCAUCAAACUGUGUGUCAUAUAUAGUCAGAUGGUCUCAAUUUGUGAAGGGGAACAUGGCGAUAGCUUGUGUAGAAUUUUUCAAGAAUUUAAUGGUAAGCGAUAGUCAACCAUGUAUUAAAAAUACUCAUGUUCCCUUUUGAAAUGUAUGAAAAUGUAUUACAAUCAUACUUCUGUGUAAAGUUGGUACAAUAUCUUCUUUUGGUGAAGAUUAAUCCCUUAAGCAGCUAGUGUGUUAUCUCUUUUUUAGUUACCAUGAGCAUUUCCUGUGUUUAAAUUAACUAACCAACAUUAUGGGUAUGUAGUAAAGUGUUUGUUGUCCGUAGGUGUCCUGAGUUGUUCUAAGGUAGGAAGGAAAGAAAAUGACUAUACUCUUACUUUUUCUUGGUUGUGAUACAGUGGUGUUCGCAGAGAUUGGAGUGGGUGUUAAAAAAAGGGAGAAGGGAUGGGGGAUGUUCCCUUUCCCUUUUAGCCAAAGUGUUCCUUGGAAGGAAGCCAACUUUGAGAUAUGAUCAGCCUGAAUGUAGGUAAAAUGCAAAACUGCCCUUUCUGUAAUUUCUGUGCUUGUCACUGUUGUGAUGACUUUUGUUUAAGACAUAGAGUGCCAAUAUUUUGCCUUUUCUUUCUCCAUUUCUCUUAUCUAUAGUUAAAGCGAAUUACAUAUACAACUAAAACAGAAGGCUACAAGAAUAUUUCAAAUUCUGAAUUCAUUUGUGAGUCUUGUCUCAAGACCGAACAGAAUAAUUUGAGAAUGAUGUCAUUUAGUGCCAAUUAGGAAAAAACAAUUGAACAAUAUUUUAGUAUGUGUCUGAACAGUGAGUGUGUUCAAGUAGUCCUAAAACUACUUCAUGUAUUGGUUUUUCUUUUUUGACUGAUCUGUCGGUCCUCUUCUCCAAUUCAAUGUCAAAGGGUACUACUGAACAUUAAAUUUACCUUGAUUAUAGUAUAGGUCCAAUAUUGACACUAACUUGCAGUGCUAUGAUUGGGGAGCAACUUUGAAGUGUACCUGUGCAAGACAAAAACAUUCUUCCUAAAAUUUGAACUUUUUAAAAUCCCUGGAAGACAAAAUGUUUUCUUUUUGACUAAUAUUUAAGAGACUGGAUUCUGUUAUUUUGGUUUCCAUGAAAGAAAAGGGGAAAAAAUGGAAUUAAUAAUAAGUUGUGUUAGUAUUGUAGAUUUUUUUCCUUCUUGUUCUUUAUAUAUUCAUUUGACCUUGUAAUGAAGGUUAGAACAACUGAUCUCCAAUAAUUCUAAACAGCCACGAGAACAGCUUUGUUGAAUUGCCAUCUGUUAUUUUAUAAGGUCAGUUUGAGUUGAUGUUUGGAUACAACAUUCAGUUUUGUGAAAAAGGUUGCAAGUCUGGCGUGUGAGAAACCAUUUUCAUGAGCUCAUUUCUUUUCUUGCCUUGUGUUUCUUUCAAGUGUUUUUCAUUCACCUUAAGCUAGAAGAGGUUUAUACUUACAUAGAUAUUGAUAUAUUGUGAUCAAAUCAGCUCAAAUGCUUUCAGGUAGGAGAGCGUGUACUUGCUCAUUGUCUGUGAUGUAAAGAAAGCCAUGUACCUACUAACUCAAUGUUCAAAGGAACUGUUUUUGAUGGUUGAUGCCCUAAGUCUGUAGAUUGUAACUUGUAUCUGAUUAUGGAGGCCUACUAAACCUUUUAUCUCUUUCUCUGUUGCUUUAAGUUUGUGUAAAUUUAUAACAAAAAACGAAUAUAUGUGUUUAAAACUGCUGUUAUAGUUUGAACCUGACAUUUUUGUAGAGGAGCUUCUCACAUAUAGAGUUUGGGACCAUUAAAAAAAAUAAUUGUGGAUUGAUUUGAUUUGACCUAUCAAAUUUUACAACUUCAUUGUAAAGGCUUGUCUGUUGGCAUGGUAGAUUUGCAAAUUACAAAUAAGAUUUUUUUCCUGUUAGGAUUUUGUUUUUCUUUGCGUGAUGUUUGUUUUAGUCGCUUACUCAAACUUAAAAGGUCUAGAAGAGGGCCUCAUGCUGAAUCUCCAUUCUAUUUUCAUUUCAUUGUAUUCAUAAAUUCAAGACCUCCCUUUUUCAACUCUUUAUAAAAUGGGAGCGUAGAAUGUCUCCAUGAUCAAUAGGCUUUCUCAUUGAUGUUCGAAUUUUACUCAUAUGACCCAAAGGGAAAACGUGUGUGUGUGUGUGUGUGUUUGACUUUCAAAAGAAUUCUUUUCACCUUUGUGGCUUUAUUCUCGCUGGUCAGCUGGUAUAACUUUUCCUUAAAUAUGCAGUUUAUGGCAGGAUUGUUUCACUAAAUUUAAAAUUGUGAAUCAAGAUAAGAAAAACAGUCUUUAUUUCUCUUAGUAAUUUACAUUAUAUGAUUAUUGUAUCUAAAAAGUGAUGUCCUGUCUCAAGAUAGGUUUCAACUGAAACGAGACAACAUUAUAACAAAACAUAUAGAAGAAUAAAGAAAUUGUGAGAUUGAACCACAGAA